AUGGCAGAAAUUGGGUCGCUCUCCAACGCCCCAUCUCUCCAAGAGUUCCUACACGCUUUUGCUGAACGUAUUAGGCCGCUCGAUGAGGCAAAGAUUCUCUAUGAGGGUGGCGAAAAGUGCGACUGCUGCAUCAACUGGACGGAAACGUACCCAGAGGAUGUCAAAGAGUCUUUCGAACGAACGACUCAGUCGAGACGCUACCCUAUCAUCAUCCGACUUCAGAAAAGCCACACAGAAAGCAAAAGAUCAUUGCAACUUCACUCGAUUGUCAUCCAGAGCGCUGAAUUAAAGGCAGUUCUCGGCGAGGUCUUCGUCGACUAUCCGGGCAUUACCACGACUCUCGAGGAACUCAAUUUCUCCAAGCCUUUCUGGGAGUUCUUCUACAGAUGGGACGCGCUUGUCAACCAAGUUGAACAACAGCAAGAUCCAGAGUCUCGAAAACACACCCAAUUACUGAUCAAAACCCUGUCCUCUCAGCUCGACGACAUCCACAGCACUGCCCGGGACUUAGCUCAGAACAACGUCAUCACGUUCGACUACCUCUGGACCCUGUUUCCGCCUGGGACUCUGCUCUACUCGUGCCAAAAUGCCGAGGAUCGUUUCGUAGAGCUAGUAAGAGCCGAGUACGUCGAAACUAUGGGUAUGAAGUCUCUAAACCUAUCUUGCAAAUAUGUAGACUGGGACGGCAAGGCAUUUGGUUGGAAGAACGAGGAUAUCAAAAUAUCCUUCUUCUCUGGUACCCUUCCAAUUCACGACCUCGAGGUGUAUCCGGCCAUGUACCACAAAGAAGAGCAGUCACUCAGAUCUAGGCUGCUAGAGAGGGGGCGUGUAUUCGUUUCCCUUGCUGGCUGCCAUCACAAGGCCUAUCGUGACACAACGAAGAGCUCAGACAAAGACCCCGCAUCCAACGAAAAUUACUACGCCGAAGAGCGCGUUAUCAUCGACGCGGAAUCCGGUGGGGCACCACCGCUCAAACCCGCCGAUAACGAAGGGAAUCCGCUACGCGUCGAAGACUUUUCCAAUAAUCUUUUUAGAUUAUGCAGCCCGACCGUAAGAGCGUACGGGUUGAGAUGCAGGCAGUGGCUGGCGGAAGAGAUACACGCACCGCUCUACGUCGUUAGUGCCGGCGAGCUGGGAAUAUCAACCCACUCAGUCGAAAGAAAACUUGAAGAGAUCUUCGAACAAGCCUACAAGUGGAAUGCCGUCCUUCUCCUUGACGAUAGUGACUUGUAUCUGGAGAAGCGCACUCCUGACCACUUGGAACGCAGUCAACUUGUUUCUGUCUUCACUCGCAUGCUCGAGUAUUAUCGCGGGCUCAUGUUCUUGACAACAAGCCGUGUGGCCUCUUUCGACGUGGCGUUUGAGUCCCGCAUAGAUCUGAUGCUGCAUUUAGAGGACCUAGAUCUCAAGUCCCGUCGGAGAGUUUGGACGCUCCUGCUUGGCCAAGUUGUGCCGCCGCCAAACAUUACUGAGAAAGACCUGGACACUGUGGCGGAGAAGACAAUCAACGGGAGGCAGAUCAAGGCUGCCGUGAAAAACGCACAGCUACUCGCUGCCGACAAAGAAGUUGUCUUGGACUUUAGCCACAUCGAGAUUGUGCUGAAGGCUAUGUUCCCAACAAUAGCCAUAGCGCCGGAUCUCCCCUUGGGUGAUGCUACUUACACCCAGCAAGCAACGCCCGCCUCCGCCAAAUAUUCGUCAUUGAAUCUCCGUAGGCAAGACGGCGCACCUGGCAGUGACUCAGUGCUGCCACCCUCAAAGCGCGCACGUGUAUCCUAG